CAAAUGUGAUACAUGGUUCAUUCAGAGAAAGAAAAAAUAAGUUUGGUUUUAAUGACUUCAUUAGAUAUUACUAAUUAUCUUCCCAAACUUGGUUUAGUUGCCGCAGUUAUCGGUUUGGUAGAAUGCACUCGGCAUGUUAUCAGCUAUCUGCAGCGAAAGCGUACGAAGCAGGUCAUCCGAAAAGUGAUGUUCUUCCCAGAUAAGAAAAUAGCCUGUAAAGAUUUUUUUGACGAAAUUCAAGGCUGCUCAAGGGUUAGCUGCGACUUCAGUCACACAAAGACUGGUUUCAGCCACCUCCUUUCCUACCUAAAGUCUGCAAAGAAAUCAAUCGACAUUGCUGUUUAUUGCAUCUCUUGUUUUGAGAUAGCUGAUGUCGUGUUGCAACGUCACAAAGUUGGAGUCAGAGUUCGUGUGAUUACAGACCUCAGUAUGGAAGCUGCGUUUGGAUCUCAAAACCAUCGUUUCAUGAAGGACGGAAUUAGAGUACAGAUCAACAAACCUCCAUUCCUGAUGCACCAUAAGUUUGUCAUCAUUGACGAUAAAGUGCUUUGCUUUGGCUCAUUCAAUUGGACUUCUCAAGCAGUCACUGGGAAUAAUGAAUCUGUUGUCGUGACGAAUGAUCCCUGGGUAGUUGAACCUUUUUGUGCCGAAUUCAAGAAGCUGUGGGUGGAAACCAAACCAGACAACUAAAUUUUAUGAAAAUUCUAGAUAAACAGGGAUUAAUCAGAAAAUCACCGGCGAGCUCAACGAACGCCAGCGACUCAUGGACUAAAAUUUCAAACGUGCGGGUACAGGCCUCGUUCAAAAAACGUAUUCGUAUAACCCAACAGCACCCAAAGCAUAGCAGCUAGUCCAACAGGGUUUCAAACAAGCCAAAAAAGCGGCAUAAUUUUCUUGGAUUGUAAGAACAAAACAGCAGUUGAGAUCAACUUGUUUAUAGUAGACUUUGUGUUAUUAUUGCUCAACAAUACAGAGUUGUAGAAUACUA